ACUUUAAAUUAAACUAAUAAAAUGGAACAAUUACAAGUUCAACAUUUAAUUAAUUUAACCAUUGAUUCCACCUGCAGAACAUGCCUUGAAAAUUUAAAUGAAUUCCAUCAUAAUAUCUUCGAAAUAGAAGAUUUUCCAAAGAAAUUUACUUCAUGCACCACCUUGUCCAUAAAGCCAAAUGAUGGCUUCCCAACAAAUUUAUGUGAAUCAUGUUUUACAAAAAUUGAUGAUUUCUAUAAUUUCCAAUUAAUGUGCAUAUCUGCAGAAAUUAGAUUUAAAGAAUAUAUAAAUUUAGAACAGAAGCCUUCCACAUCGAAAUUUGAUCAAAUUAUUGAAGGUAGUAAAAAUGCUUUCCCUGCUGAUAAUGAACCUACGAAAAACGAAUGUAGUUCCUUAUAUCAGAAUGAAUCUUUAGUAUCCUUUGAAGUUGAACUAUCAACUCUGGAAAACCAACCUGAGUCCCAGGUGGAGGAAGAAGAUUCACCAGCUUUUAAAUAUGAAAUCGAUGAAGACAAUGAUUGUAGUCUAAAAAGCUACGAAGGAAUUGAUUCAAACAGUCCAGAUUCGAUUGUAUUUACAGAAGCUAAACAUGAAAACGAAGAUUUAUUCGACAAUGAAUGUCUUGAAUCUAUCCAAGCUGAGUCCUCAUUGGAAGGGAAAGCUAUAGAAUCGGACAUUCAUUUAAGCGACGAAGACUCCGACGAAUCCUCAAAACCUAAACCAAAAGAACUCGAUAAAGCCAAGCACUUAAAAGUACCUGAAAAAAAUAUCUCCUGCACUGAGUCGGGAUGCGACAAAACUACGUCCUCCAAACGAAAUCUCCGAAAACACAUCACAGAAGCACACAACCCAAAAUACUUUGUAUGCGAGGAGUGUGGAAAAGUUCUGAAAGGCUCAGAAAAUCUUAAGAAUCACCGCUUCCUACACAGUGGAAAACCACGUCCGCACAAAUGUCCGCAAUGUCCCAAAAGGUUUAUGACUAAAUACCGACUAACUGACCAUAUGAACAGACACAAUGGCAUCAAGAAUUUCGAAUGCCCAGAAUGCGGUGUUAAAAAAACCUCUCGAAUUGAAUUGAGGUCACACAUCAACUAUCACACUUUAACAAAAACUUAUCCUUGUGACAUUUGUGAAAGGGUCUUCUUUACUCCCUUAAAUUUGAAACGACACAACAAUGUUGUUCAUGAUGGAUUACGAAAGUAUCCUUGUUCAUAUUGUGAUAAAUCCUUUGGCACAUUAACCUCCAGAAAUAAUCACGAAAGAAUUCACACUGGCGAACGACCACACGAAUGCAAUAUAUGCAACAUUAAAUUCAUUACUAAAGGCAAACUUAAGCAACAUAUAAAGGAACAACAUCUCAAUGAAGGUGUCAUGUAUCCAUGUGAUCAAUGUGGUAAAGAAUUUAAUAAUUUAGUCAAUUUGAAACGACAUCAGAAAGUCGUUCAUGAUGGUAUUAAAGAAUAUUUAUGUUCGCAUUGUGAUAGAUCAUUUGGAACAGCAGUGACAAGAAAUAAUCACGAAAAAAUUCACACUGAUGAUAGGCCUUACGAGUGUAAGACGUGUGGUAAGAGAUUUAUUACAUACGCUUUACUUGCCACACACAAAUUGAUGCAUAUAGGUAAGAAGCCACACGAGUGUGAUGUAUGUCAUAAUGUUUAUGUUUCAGUUAGUUCACUUAAUCGACAUAAAAAAAAUUCACACUUGAAAGAGUGACGAUUUUAUUAUUUUGGUUUAAGUCCUUUUAAAUAUAUUUAAAAGACUAUGUCCGUGUACCUACAUUUUAUUGCCAACAAUAAGUCACGGUAUAUGAAAUAUAUUCCGAAAUAUCACAAACAAAACGUUAUACAAAAUUUUAAUAAUAAAACAAACAUUCUGAAAGGACAAAAUUAAACCUUUGUAAAAGUAAAAAGAAAGAAAGGUACCUACUUUAUGUAAAAAAGUUAUUUAUAGUUGUAAAUAUGUAUUUUUUAAGUGAUAAUGAAUUUAAUACAAUAAAACAAACAAAAGAAUGUU